CGCCAAAUCCUACAAUGAUAUAAUGGCGGUGUAGCACGAUAUACGACUGCAGUGCUUCAUUAUAGUCAACGCCUAUCAUUUGUCAUUAUUACAAAGCGCUCAUUCCCUGCUACUAAACGAGUUAUCGGGGGAAUAAGUUGUGCGUACAGUUGUAGCUGCAUCAAAUGCUGCAGUAAUCCUGAGAUUGCCUGGUGCGCACUGGAAAAAGUGCACGUUCACAAUGAGUUUUGCAGGUAGCACCUCUAGCACCUCGCAGGACACGAUUCCUAAGUUCAAGUCGUUCGUGUCUGAAAGCGAGCUUGAAGAAAUACGCAGGAAAAGGCAAGAAGAAUGGGAAAAAGUCAGAAAGGCGGAUGAUCCAGUUGAGGCUCCUGAAGAAGAAUAUGAUCCUAGAUCAUUGUACGAAAGACUAGAAGAGCAGAGGCUGAAGAAGCAAGCAGACUAUGAAGAAGCACACAAGCUCAAGAACAUGAUUCGAGGCCUGGACGACGAUGAGGUCACAUUCCUCGAAUUUGUUGACAUGCGGAAGCAAGAGAUUGAAUCACAACGAAUGAAAGAAGACAUGCAAGAGAUUCAGGAGUAUAGGAAAGCUGUUGCCACACUAUCUGAAGAGGCGUUGGAAGCUAAAAGGCUUGAAAUAAAGAAAGGUACUGCAGCUGCUGCCGCACCUGGUCAAGGAAAGAAAAGCCAGCUGUCUCUGCUGUCAGGUGCUGUGAAGCGGAAGUGUGCGGACUCAACUGAUGCGGAAAAGAAGCAGCGUACAAACAGUUCUGGUGACGAAGAACGGAGCCAGUCGCCUGACGAACGAGUGCGAGUGCAAGCCCCACUGACUGCGCUCCGUUGUCUUGGCGUCCUCCCUGGCCUCGGUGUAUACACAGACAGCAGUGAUUCGGAGAACUCAUCAUUCAGUGACGAAGCUGACUUAGAGCUGGACCUUGUGGGGCGGAGACGCCAGGCACCCAUACAUCAGGCUGACCGCUCUCCGAAACCCAACUAGGCCCUGCUUGUUCCAUUCCACUGUGCUGCCGCAUUCGCCAGGAGUGAACUGAGGUGCAGGACACUUGUGUGAGCAUGUGCAGUUUUUAGCGUCAGAUCUGCAUUUACACAUGCACUGACAUGGUUAUGUGGAUGAUAGGAUGCAAUUAUAAAGAAUUGACAUCGUAGAGCGCAGUGGCAGCUACCUGCUGCAUUAGCUCAGAGGGAAAAUAUUUUUAAAAAAAGAAAGAAAACCACUGCUGUGUUGGUUGUUUUAAAAAUAGGUUAUAAGGGAGUUAAUAUCAACUCAAGGAUGCAACAUUGAAAGUUGAAAAAGUGCUGCUUAUCCAUGCAGGUUGAUGGUAUCAUUGAAAAAUAAGGCAAUGUUCUAUCUGUACCAAUAAUAAUAGCGUUCACAGUUCAGAUAUUAAAGCGAAGCUUUCCUUGCCUCUUCCUUCGA